ACAUCAACAACAACAAGAACAGCAACAACGAGAAAAACGCUCAGCUAGCGAAAAGCACAUAGGAAAAAGCAAAAACAAAACAUCGAUAUGGCCAGCCGAAAGAAAUCUUUGCUGAAAGUCAUCAUAUUGGGGGACAGCAGCGUUGGCAAGACCUCACUGAUGAAUCAAUAUGUAAACAAACGCUUCUCUAAUCAGUAUAAAGCAACGAUCGGAGCUGACUUUUGCACGAAAGAAGUUGUCGUCAAUGAUCGCGUCGUCACAAUGCAGAUUUGGGACACGGCUGGUCAAGAGCGCUUCCAAUCACUCGGUGUGGCCUUCUAUCGUGGCGCCGAUUGUUGUGUGCUCGUUUACGAUGUAACGGCGCCCAACUCUUUCAAGAAUCUUGACUCGUGGCGUGAUGAGUUCUUAAUACAGGCCAGUCCACGGGAUCCCGAGCAUUUCCCCUUCGUGGUGCUGGGCAAUAAAGUGGACCUAGAUAACCGUCAAGUGUCGACGCGCAGAGCCCAGCAGUGGUGCCAAUCGAAAAACGAUAUACCCUACUAUGAGACUUCAGCCAAGGAGGGCAUCAACGUUGAGAUGGCGUUUCAAACCAUAGCAAAGAAUGCGCUAGAACAAGAGACGGAGGCUGAACUCAUCAACGAUUUUCCCGAUCAAAUACGCUUGAAUUCUGAUAAUAAUCGUCCAGGCAACACCGACAAUUGUCAAUGCUAAUGCAACAGCAGCAGGCUGCAGCAUCAACAAAUGGAGUUCAAUAUGAAUACAGAAGAAGAAUACAACGCAAAGUGCAUAAUUACACAAUCUAUAUUAUACAUAAUACAUACAUAAAUAACAGCAUAUAUUAUGAGUAUAAAAAGCAAAUAUAAAAAAAGCUAAGAUCGGGAAGCAGAUGGAGAUGGAAAUGGAAAUGGAGAUAAAGAACAACAGCAAAGUGUACACGUUUAAGAUUAAGUAAAACAAUUGCAGCAACAGAAUAGUUAUAAUUAUAUAGUACGCUAAAUUCAGAUAAAUUUCAACAGAUUUGUAACGUACAAGUUCUCCCGUUAUUACUAUACAUACAUAUUAUAAUUAUAUUAUGGUCUGUUCUAUUCGUGUAUUUACCAAUCAUAAACAACUUUUUACAUAUUGUGCAUGCCCUCCUAGUAAUAUUUUUGCCAUUAAUUAGUAAAAUUAUUGCACGCGCCGCCGUUGCAAGUUGCUACAUCAGAGAAUCAGAAUAACAAACAAAAACUAAAAUAAUGAAAAACAAAAAGAAAACAAAACAUACAAAAUCUUGUGAUUGUAAAUUUAAUAAAUACAAAAAUAUACAUUUUUAUUGUAA